AUGAAGAACAUUUUUAUUGCUUUCGGUGUCCUUGCUCUGCUCUCAACAGCUGCUCUCGUUUAUGUCCACAACCAAAACCAAACCGAAUUAGAAAAAUUCCACAUUCACUUCCCUCAUCACCUCCCUCACAUUCACGUUCCUAAGCUUCACUUGAAAAAUAUUGGUUCUUGUCUCAGUACUGUUUAUGGUGCAGUCAGCUAAUGUGGUGCUGCUUACGAUUCUGCAGGAGCUAAUAUUACUGGAGACAUUGGUUGUGUUAAAAAUAUCCUUAAUGUAAAGAAGUGUGGUCAUAUUUUCUGA